AUGACCCACGACGCCCGGGUCUACGUGUGGGGCCAGUGUUGGGAUCUGCGCGUCCCGACCCCCCGUCUCACCCCGUUUCGUUCCAUCAACGACGCCUUCGCGUCGUUCUCGAGUCCGUCCGUGACGUGGAGCCCAAUCUCCGUCGACGUCAGGCCUCGUGAUGACGUUCUGGACUCCCUGAAAGCCGCAUUUGACAAUCCGGAACGAAGCGACAUCCGCGUGCUGGUGGAAGGGCGAAUCAUCAACGCCCACAAGUCGUUCUUAGAGAUCCGCUGCAGAUAUUUCCACUCGCUCUUCGCCCACCGGAACGCGCCAAGAAACAACGUUGAAGUGCGUCCCUCCUAUCCCUACGACAUCUACCACGCCUUCCUCCGCUACCUCUACACGGGCGAGUUGAGGCCGGACAUCGAGAUCGCCAUCGGGCUGUUCGACGUGGCAGCCGAGUACGGGGAGCCGCAGUUGAAGCGGGAUUGCGAGAAGGUCAUUGCGAGGGGGAUCACGGUCGAGAACGCGGGGAGGCUCUAUGCCGUUGCAAUCAAGUACGGGGCGGAGGACUUGGAGGAUUUCUGCUUUCGGUUUUGCGUGAAUCAUCUGACGAGCGUGGCGGUGACGGAUGCGUUCCGUCGGCUCGACGAGGGAGUCAUGAAGAACUUCAUCGAAAAGGCCGCAUACACAGGCGCCUUCAGGCGCUGACUUGCUCGGGUUGGCUGUUCUGACGUAUGUUGACUUUCAUGGAAUGAGGCUGAAUGUGAUUUUCUCAAAAGCUCAGCCUGUGUAAUUGAUGCUCAUUUGUUCCUGGAGUAUUUCUGGGAGUGGAGACUAUGUAGGAC